UUUAAGGCGUUUUCGGAAAUUCAACCGGGUUAGGUAGGUUCUUAGCGAGUUGUAACCCAAGCGUUCGAUUAUUCACACCGGUUAUUUUGUCUGCGUUCGAAAACUAGAUCAGGUUGGCAACUCGGUUGUUUAGUAAUAACUCUGGUCAGUGAGUAGGGUACGUCUGUAUUGUAGGUUAUGUUUUGAUUGAAGUGUUUACCUUUUUGUUUGACAAAAUCGUCAAUAGAAGACUUUUAGUUUUAUUAUUUGCUACAAUCAAAAAUGAAUAGGGUGCUCGCACGAUGUGAAAUCUGCGACUUUAUAUCAUAUGAAAAUAUUGUUAAUGAACAUAUUCGAACAACUCAUGCCCCUGAUUUGGAAUCCCGUGAAAGUACAGAGGUUGAAAAUUGGCAGCAAGAGGAUAUAACCCUCAACAAUGAAGAUUAUUAUGAGGAUCAUGAUUAUGGCGUAUCUCAGGAGCAGGAAACACCAAUAGUGACUCAACGUAGCCAAGCAAGUGCAUCCGAGCCUCAAAAUCAUCAUUGGCAAGAUAAUGAAAUAAAGCUAUUGAUAUCACUGUAUGAGGAACAUAAAACAAGAUUUGAAGACAAGUCUACAACAAACAGGAAAGUUUGGCAACAAAUUGCCGAACUGAUGAAUGCAAAUGGUUACAUGGUCACAUGGGAGCAGUGCGAAAAUAAAUUCAAAAAUUUAAAAAAACAGUACAAAAAGGUGAUUGACCACAAUGCUGCCACAGGUAGAAAUAGAUUACAAUUUAAAUAUUUUGACAUUAUGGAUAAUUUACUGCAUCAAAAUCCUGAGAUAAAUCCACCAGCAGAAUGCAGCAGCCUGAAUGUGGAACCAGAAUGUCCAAAUAGUCCCAUCAAUGAUAGUGGGAGGAGCACCCCAUCAUGCAGUACACAGCUUCGACCAAAUAAUAAACGUAAGAACAAGGAAAAUGAGCCAGUUUGGUUUAAAAAAUUUCGCGAAGAUAUGGAUAAACGCCACCAAGAGAAAAUGAAAAUGCAAGAACGCUUGAUUAAUGUAAUCGAAAAGCAUUUAAAUACAUAAUUAAAGCAACAUGUACAUUGUAAAAUAAAUACUAAU